AUUUUGCUUUAAAAAUUCGUUUGAUUCUUUUUUCUCUUCCCAUUUUUAUUCAAAUUUGGACGUCAUUUUUUCCGGCGGAGCUAAUGCCGCCGGAUUCUUAAACUGAUUUGGAAAACGAAGAAAUUCCCAAAAAGGAAAUGUCAGUGUACGACGCGGCAUUUGUUAACACGGAGCUGUCAAAGCCGACGUCGAUUUUCGGGUUAAGACUAUGGGUAGUCAUUGGGAUUCUUCUCGGUUCACUCAUAGUCUUGACUUUGUUUCUUCUCUCACUAUGCCUCACAACCCGCCGCAAAUGUCGCAGACAUCAACACGUGGACCUCACGCCACCAAUCUCCAAAGAGAUCCAAGAAAUACUCCACCAUACGUCAGCACCCGAUCACCACCAUGUCGCCCCGCCGGUGCCGGAGAUUCAAGUGGACUUGGGAAAAAUGGAGCACAGAGUGGUGUUCUCCAGUGGGGAAAGCAGAGGGCCGACGAGUGCGGGUGCGAGUGUGAGUGAGACGGCGUCGUUUGGGAGUGGAAGUGUGGGGCCGGAAGUGUCUCAUCUUGGUUGGGGACGAUGGUAUACUCUGAGGGAACUGGAAUUAGCUACGAAUGGAUUGUGUGAAGAGAAUGUGAUUGGUGAAGGUGGCUAUGGAAUUGUUUACUGUGGCGUUUUAACUGAUGGAACUAAAGUUGCUGUCAAGAAUUUGCUUAAUAACAGGGGUCAAGCUGAGAAGGAAUUUAAGGUGGAGGUGGAAGCGAUUGGGCGUGUACGACACAAAAAUCUAGUAAGGUUGCAUGGAUACUGUGUUGAAGGUGCAUAUAGGAUGCUUGUAUAUGAGUUUGUUGACAAUGGCAAUUUGGAACAAUGGCUCCACGGGGAUGUAGGGGAUGUCAGUCCCCUUACGUGGGAUAUCCGUAUGAAUAUCAUAUUGGGAACAGCAAAAGGUUUAGCCUACCUUCAUGAGGGUCUUGAGCCAAAGGUUGUCCAUCGGGAUGUAAAAUCUAGCAACAUCCUACUUGACCGCCAGUGGAACCCCAAGGUUUCUGAUUUUGGGCUUGCUAAACUCUUGUGUUCUGAAAGGAGUUAUGUGACAACUCGAGUGAUGGGAACAUUUGGCUAUGUUGCUCCAGAAUAUGCUUGUACUGGAAUGCUGAAUGAGAAGAGUGAUGUCUAUAGCUUUGGUAUACUUAUUAUGGAGAUUAUUUCUGGGAGAAGUCCUGUUGACUAUAGCCGACCACAAGGAGAGGUGAAUUUGGUUGAAUGGUUAAAAACCAUGGUUGGAAACCGAAAAUCUGAGGAAGUAGUUGAUCCUAAGCUGCCUGAGAUGCCUGCUUCAAAAGCACUUAAACGUGUACUAUUAGUUGCUCUGCGAUGUGUUGAUCCUGAUGCAACAAAGAGACCAAAAAUGGGGCACGUUAUCCACAUGCUUGAGGCUGAUGAUCUGCUAUUCCGUGAUGAACGUCGGAUUGCAAGAGAACCAUCCAAUUCACAUUCUGAUGAUCAGCAAACAAAUGGCAAUGCUACAAAAUUUGGUGAUAGAUGAUUUGAUGGGGCCUCUGCUUCUGAUACAAGUGAAGGUGAUAGCGGGAGGAACCAUCACCAGCCAACUAGGUGGAGAUAACGCUAUCAACAUUAGGUGACUAACAAAUUGAAGCCUCUCUUAAGUCUUUGAAGCUUUUUCUUUACAUUUAUUUUUCUAUUAGUUCCCCCAGUGUUUUGUUGUAUCUCCAUUAUGAGAAAAUAAUAAUCUGCAUUUAUUUUAUGUUUGGUUUACCCUUUUUCCCCCAUAUAUAAUAUACAGUAUUGUAUAAAUGGAUGAAUUCAUAAUUCUUAUACCAAUUGUUAUUGAUUGUCUUCAUCUAUUUGUAAGAAAAAAAAUUCCCUUUGGGUCAAAACUUAAAAGAGAUAAUGAGCUUUCCCUUCAAUCUUUUUCUUCUGUUUGAAGAUCAUAUAGAUAUUUUUCGAUCAUACAAUUUGUGAUGGUUUGCGAUGCCUAGUUUUUCCAACCUUCAGCACCAACAUUGCAAACCUUCAAACCAGAUGGGGUAUUGGUGGUGGACCAUUUUUUAGGAUAGAGGUAUAUAGAUUAUCCAUCUGCAUCGGUGCCAAUUCCAAUAUAGGAUGGUGGUGAAAAAUGGACCCAGCAAGCAGCCUCUUUAUUCAUGUGGUGUUUCUUAUCCUUGUUGCCUUGUUGGAGUUGGGCCAUCUUGCUACGAAAUACAGGAUGGCUCUGUUGGCUUGUUACAUUGAUUUCACCAUCAAUGCCAGAGCAUGCUCUUAUCCAUGGAGCCUACUAACGACAUUUGGCAUGAUGGAGAUAAGCUGGCUGUGCAGGUUUCUGGUGGACCCUUUAGCCCAACUUGGCACUUGACAAUCUUGGUUUGAUUGCUUGAUGAUCCAAGCUAGUGUUUGGCUCCCGCAGAAACUUAUAAUAAAUAUCAAAUUUAAUACUAAAUGGGGUUGAUAAUCCAAGAGAAAUUCGUGUGGGAGAUAAUAAGCUAAUCAGCAAAAACCGUAGGAUUGUGGAAACUACUAGUAGAAACAACGUGCGGCAAUGCUGACUAUUUCCUCACGGGUCACCAUCCUUUUGUUGGAAAAAGUAAACAUUACAUGCCGUGCUUCAAUGGCUAACCAAAGCCAAUUAUAUUGUAUCAAAGAACCGUACUCUAGGCGCUAAGGUUCACCUUUAAUUCUUGAUUUUUACUAUGUUUUGGAAGCAACCCGUAAAAGUGUUUGGCUUCUUCAACAUGAACUCCAUAGUAAUAAUAAAAAUGAUUACAGGUUGUAGAGUUUCCAGACCUUCAUCUAAACUAAAAUGGAUCCUCAUUUUUCCAACAACAAUGAACAGAACUUUCAUUUUAAAGCCUCUAAUAAAAUUAGAAAUGUUAGAA